AUGAAGAACCGUUCCUCAUCUCCUCCUUUACACGUCCAUGUGGAUGAAAACACCCCUGUCCAUGUCCAUAUUAAAAAGGGUCAGAAAACCACACCUGCAAAACGUCAGCCAAGGCACAAACAGAAAACGGUGGAGGAUACCAUGAAUGUGCACCGACCUGUCCGGGUGAAAGCUAAGUGCCCAUGGAUACCUCCAGGCAAAACGUGUGUCCGGAACUCCACCUUCAAAUGGGAGGGACCAACUCACCGCCUAGAAAUUACACCUCCAGAUUCAGAAAAAACGCUGUCAGUAUUGCGCAGGAGUGACCUCUCUACAGAUGAGGAGGAUGCUGUUUAUUGCAAAAUGAAUGAAUACGAAAAGCAGGUCAAUAACCUGAAGAAUGUGGCAGGAACGCUGGAAAAUGAGGCCAAGCUGCAGAAAACAAAGGAAGUGAAGAAAAUGACGAAGCGUCUCCUUGAGGAGCAGAAAGAAGAACUGAAUGAGGUCACACAAGAGCUGGUAGAAACAGAACAUGAGAAUAUACUGCUCAGGCGCAGUAUUGAACGCAUAAAGGAAGAGAAAGAUCUGACUGUGCUACAGAAAAAUCACUUGCAGGAGGAGAAAGAAUCUUUGAUGAGCGCUAAGCUGAGUAAGGCAGAGGUGGAUGCAGCAGCAGCAGCCAGGCAGAUCCAGGCCCUGAAAAAUACGAUUGGGAGACUCAAUAUUGAGAAACACACAUCCAGCUCAGACAUUAGCACGCUAACAAGACAAAAAGAGCUGCUGCUCCAGAAAUUGUGCACCUUCGAAGAAACCAACCGGGCACUACGAGAACUUCUCAGACAGCAGCAUAACUGGGAGGGUGCUCAGAAGGUAUUGGAGCAGCAAGAAACACUGCUAAGAAAUCUGGCUGUGUAUGAUACAGAGAAUGUGCAACUUCAGUUGAAGCUUCAGGAGAAAGAAAAAGAAGUGGACAAUCUUACCAUUCAGAUACAAGCAGAAAAGGUACAGGCAAAGACAGCAUGUGAGCUCUCCAAAUCUAUGGAGGCUGUGAAAGGCCGUUUGCAAACGCAGCUGCGAAACAAAGAAGCUGAGAACAACCGUCUGAGUAUACAGAUAAAAAAUCUUGAGCAGAAUGAAGCUCAGCAUCAGGCAGAAGUGGAACUUAUCAUGGAACAACUGAAAGAACUAAAGCAGAAGGCAGACGAUGAUAAAAAGGCCCUAAAGAAAGCCCUCCGUGCACAGAAAGAGCGGGCAGAGCGGAGCGAGGAGUAUGCAAAGCAAUUGACUGACCAGCUAGGAGAAAAGGACAGUUAUGUUGCUGAGGCACUGUCUACUCUGGAGUCUUGGAAGAGUCGCUGCAACAAAAUAGUGAAGGACAAGAGUGACCUUGAACUGGAAGUUGUCACGCUGAACAGCCGUGUUGCAGACUUGCUGGAGCAGCAGACAACCCUGGAGGACAAGAUGCAGAAGAACAGAGAAGCUUUGUUGGAUAAAUUGCAGCAACAGACUGCAGAGACCGCUUCUUUGAGAACGGAGAAUGAAAAACUAAAGGCCAGUGUGGUGUCGAUGGAGGAAAAGCUGAAGGAAGCACAGAUGGAAGUUUUGCAGCUCAGGAGCUCUGUCAGGAGCUCUGAAGAGUUGAUUGAAACCUACAAGUCACAGGUGCUGAAGACCCAGAUGGAAGCAGACAAUAUGGCAGCAAAACUGGAGGAGUGUGAUAAAGAGAACAAGAUGCUAAAGGAUGAAAUGAACAAGGAGAUUGAACUGGAGCGUAUACAGUUCCAGAGCCGGCUUGCUGAACUGGAAAAGCUGCCCGAGAUCCUAAGGAUCACAGAGACACAGCUCGCAGAAUGUCAGAAGCAGCUUCAGAUGAAUGAGAAGAAGAAUAUGGACCUGUCUGCCAUGAUGGCAGAUCUUCGUCAGCAGAUUGAGCUCCAGGGGGACAAAAUGGAGAUGACAAGAGAGAGGUAUCAGUCUGCCCAGGAGGAGAAAAAGCAGCUCACCUUCAAGGUGGAAGAACUAGAAAGAAAACUAGAGACAACAAGCGCCCAGAACAUAGAAUUCCUUCAGGUCAUAGCAAAACGUGAGGAGUCGAUCCACCAGUGUCAGCUGCGGUUAGAGGAGAAGACUCGUGAAUGUAGCUCUUUGGCACGUCAGUUGGAGAUGGCCAUUGAGGAUGCCAAAAGACAAGUGGAACAAACUCGAGAACGAGCAAUGUCUAAAGAGAGGACAGCCCAGUCCAAGAUGUUGGAUUUGGAGACCCAGCUGAGUAGGAAUAAAACAGAGCUGAACCAAUUACGUCGGAGCAAAGAUGAUGCAGAGCGCCAGUACGAAAGCCGCCUGCAGGAUUUAAAGGAUCGGCUGGAGCAGUCAGAGAGCACCAACCGCAGCAUGCAAACCUAUGUCCAGUUCCUCAAGUCUUCCUAUGCCAAUGUUUUUGGUGAAAGUGCCUUGCUGGGCUCCCCCAGCCGCUUUUACCCUUCUCUAUGAGGAAAAUGCUCUCCCUGCACUUCUGCUUCUAAGCACAAAAGGAGCCCUACUUCAAAGCCAUAUGUUGUUUAGAAAAUAGGUU